GCAUUGGGUAAGUGGCAAGAAUAAUUUGCAGGUAGCAAACAAUCUGCUGAUGAGGGACAUACAGAAUCAACCGUAAAAUGCAUUUAACAGACUGGUCGAAUAUGGGAUCUUCCUGUCAAGAUUUUUUCCUGGAUGGAAUCAGCUGACACAGGAAGAUGACAGCGGGAACUGAUCUGAAAUGAAGCCUCUACAUAACAAUAUUUACUUCCCAUCCACUUUCCACCUUAAUUUAUUCUUGGCCAGACCAGAAUGUUAAUGUUCAAGAUUUCAGAAAUUGUGACAUGCUGUGAUAAUCAAGGUUGUUCAUUCUCUCUCUAUUUUAGAUUUUGUCACUUGGUUUCUGUGUCAUAAUAGCGUUUACCCAUAAGAGCCACAAUGCGUAUCAGUUUUUGUCAGGCUCUGUUAACUGGAGCAAUCGUUUUGAACUUGCUCAUCCUAUAUUAUGUGUCACGGGCUCAGCAACAGAUGAUGGAGAAGCGUCGAGAACAAGGGAAGGGCUUAAAGAAAGCCUCUUUGCCUGUUUCAGGACUUGGCGCUAUGGGUAGUCUGGUAGGUGGAAGUAUGGUUGGCGGCGUUAAAGUGAGUGGCCUUGAGGGCAACUUGCGUGGUCCCAGGGUGACUAUCCUUGUUCGCGAGUUUGAAGACUUUGAGAACUAUGUGGUUGAUGUGGCACGCUCCUUUUUGCACCAAAGACCAGAGUUGCCCUUCCUUGCAGUGUCCGAUACUGCACCGUACCCUCCUCUGGCUCUUCCUGAGGGAGCACGCCUCCUGGUGUUGUCUCCAAGCCCUGACCAGCCUCCACAAACUCACCGGCCUGAGUUCAAUGUGCAGACGGAGUUUGCUUUGUUGGUUCCAGAUGGUGUGGAGCUGGACCAUGGCCGACAAGUGGAGCGGCUUAUCCGGGAGCUAGAAGGGGAGGGUGGCGGGCCAGUUCGGCUGGUUGCCGCCCCCGUGCUGACCCGCUCGGCAGUGCAGUGUCUGCACCUGCGAGUUAAUCUUCGAGAAUGGAUGGCCACCUACACCCCAGGAGCCUCUGGGAGCAGUGGUAGUGUCUGCACAGCCCUGCAGGGCGAUGCCGUGGUUCUUAUCCGUACCGAGGACCUCUUCAAUCUCUCGGUUCCAUUAGGGCGCCCCCUGAUGUCUUCCUUGUUUGUACAGACGUCACUGCGGGGCUGGAAGGUCAAGCUGCUUGAAGGACCUUCGUUCUCUGCUAGUCAUAGACCGCUCUUCAGCUCGGCACAUAAUCAGUGGAAGGCGGAUAGUCGCUUGAAAGAUGCCACCAAUCACCUUAUGCGCAGUUUCGGCCUAAAGCGCAUAGUGCUGCCUGAUGGCCGAGAUCAGUGGUUUGGUUGCAGCAAGGAGACGCCGCGAUGCUUUGGGACAGUGCGUGAUGACACUCCUGAAUACCUCUACCUAGAACGCUGGACUCCACCUUGUUGUUUGCGUGCCCUUCGAGAGACCACUAAAUAUGUUAUCAACAUCUUGGAGAGCUCUGGUGUGCGUUACUGGCUGGAAGGGGGUUCUUUGCUGGGAGCUGCCCGACAUCAAGAUAUAAUUCCUUGGGAUUAUGAUGUGGACUUGGGCAUCUACUUGGAAGACGUUCCGAAUUGCGACUACCUGAAAAGCCUGGACUCUGGAUCACUGGUCGAUGCUAACGGCUACGUAUGGGAGCGAGCAAUAGAGGGCGAUUUCUACCGCGUUCAGUACAGUGAAGCUAACCAUUUGCAUGUGGACUUGUGGCCAUUCUAUCCCCACAAUGGAGUCAUGACUAGGGACACUUGGACCGAGCACAAGCAAGAUGUGGAGUUCCCAGAGCACUUCUUGCAACCUCUGGUGCCAAUGCCGUUCGCCGGCAUCACUGCUUAUGGACCUAACAACUGCCGUGCCUUCUUGGAACUGAAGUUUGGGGAAGGGGUUAUUGAGAACCCUCAGUAUCCCAACCCUGCCAAGAAGAGGCUGGACAGGAGUCGCACGUUAGGACCAUAGCAAACAGUAACGCUGAAGAUGUGCCACAAUCACACAACACUGAAUUUCUGACUUCUGAAACCUUUUAUCAUUGUAAACUUUGUUGAGAAUCACUAUCAGGCACAAUGUCUCGGACUGUAUCUGAACACUUGAAUGUCAGUAUUUCUUGCCAAUUGUAUUUAUUUGUGUGUGUUUGCUUUGGGGAGUCAUGACUAAAUAUACAAUAUGUAAUAAUGCUAAUAAAGUCUGAGAGUAUUUACAUGUAAUAGUGGACACUGCGAUGUCUGAGGAAUGCCUCAGUGACUUUAAAGAUCAAAGCUUUUGCAAUAAUACCUCCAUAUUAACAUCCACAUUUUCUAUGGAAAUUUUAUGGGAAAGAAAAAUAGAAUUUUCAAAUUGAAUGGCGAGCAACAGUCCAAUUUUAAAGAGUUUGCGGUUUGAUGGUAGAACUUAACAUUUAUUCAAGGUAUGGAUUUAUGUUUGUAGGUGCAUAAGUGACUCAUUUAAUAUGCAACCCAGACAAACUUAAUGAAUCAUGAACUUUGAAAGGACUGAACUGCUUUUCAACUCCACUGGCAUAAUGAUCAUUAUUAUACCACAAUGGACUCUUCUUUUUUUUUUUUUUUUUUCCAUGUGUGGUGACAUAGGUAUUUUCUGAUGUCAAGUUAGGUCACUCUGACUUUCAUGAUUUGUUUUUAAACAAAAAUGGUAUUACGGUUUUAACUGGGGUAAAAAAAACUGCUACGCAUGCUGUUGAAAAGAAGCUACUGUUUUAGCACACAUUCACUUUACUGACUGAUAUUUGCACAAGUAAUUUUGUGUUGAUUAUUUUGACUGAAUACUUCAACCAGUAUGGUCUUGUAAAUGGCCUUUUCCUCUGUUCUUUUUCUAUUUUAUUUUUUAUAAAAAUGUAAGUAUGUUCUACCAUAAUAACCAUAUUAUUGUCAAGUUAUUUGACACCAAGUGUUACUCAAAUGUUAUUACCUGUGUUUAAUAUAAUACAAGUAUAUAAAUGAUAAAUUAAGAAUAUGAUUCAGUUCUUUAAAUGCUUCAAUGUUGAAAAAACUAGCAAACUAGCCAUGUGACACAAACCAAAUGUCUUACCACUUGCUAUGGUGUCUCUUAACAUUUGUCAGUCUCAUGUGACAAUCUCACUUGUCUGGAAAUAAUCACAGCUGAGUGGUAAAUUGACUGUUCAUUUUAGAAAAAUACAGAUGUUGCAGACAAGCACUUCCAAAUGUUUAAUAGACCACAAGGUGGCUCAGUAAGCUAUGGAGUAACAUUCAGAGAUGUUAACCAGUUUGUUUUGUACAGUAUUGUUACCAAUCAAAUAUUUGAAGCCUCUCUCAUUAAGAUGUAUACAUUUAUAAAAAAAAAAUGUUGUUUGUAUUGUCAAUUAUGUUACAGCUUUUUCAGUGCAUUUAAAAAUGCAUUCUAGAGUUUGAUAUACACAAGUAUCAUUCUGAUUGACUUAAUGAAUAAACCCCUAUUGGUUGGCUAAUGGAAAAUAUCUGCCAAAGGCAUCUUCUUAACAUAAAAUGAUCUCACCCUAUAAACAAAGAAAUUUAGUUGCAAAAUCUUUUGCCACCCAAUAUACACCUCAUUUUAUGAUUUGAACUGACAAAACAAAGAGAACAUGCCAAACUUGAUAUAUUUAAAAAGAUUUUAUUCUGCAGUUAGUGUGGAGUACAAUCAAUGGUUCUCUUACCAGUACACUUUGGCUCCAUUGAUGACAUCAUCAAGCAACCAUUUAUGACAGUCACCCAUAGACCUCACACACAGACACAUAUACGCAUCACUCAAGCAAGUACACUAACACCACUUGGAAUGAUAAGCCAUUGCAGUAUAUUGCUUACUAUGGGCUUAUUAAACACAUUUAAACAACAUAUCUUAAGGAGUGAUUUCAAUUACAAACAAAUCCUGUGAUUGGAAAUAGAUUGAGCACAAACUGAAAAUGAAAUGUGACUGUUAAUAGUGCAGAUUAUGAGCACCAAUCCCCUCCCACCCCCAAUGAAAAUGUCAAGAAAUUAAAACGGAACAGAAAUAGUUUCAGGUUUGGUCCGUUUUAAAUCGCUUAAUGGCAGUUCUAAAUCAACAAAUGGAAAGACAAAUUGUUAGUGACUCCUGAAACAAAUGGGUUUCUAUGUGGUUUCUCAUUAUCAGUAUGUUUAAAUGAGUGAUAUGUGGUCUACAUACAAUAGAAAAAUGAUUUGCUAAUUUCUCACCCUGUCGUGACAUCUUUCUUCUGCUGCUGUUUUUUUUUAUAUUAUUCAUUUACAAAGCAUCUCUAUAAAAAUGUGCCUAAGUAAUUCAGUCCAAGUACAAGUUGUACUAUUAAAACAGUCAACCAGUAAAUGGUGUUCACAGAACAUAUUGUACACGAUUCCCCCUUAUAAAAUGAACUAACUUUGGAAAUGUCCAACAUAUUUGUGCUCCUCUGCAAUUACAUAAAAAAAUACCAACAGUCAACAGGUUGUUCAAAAUCUUCAUGAUUAUAUUUUGUAAAAGCAACUAAAAAUACUAUACUUCAUUGCCGUCUAUAUUACAAAUAAAGAGGAUUAUUGGAACUGCAUAUGCAAAAAGCUUGAUUUUUAUCCUAAAUUCUAUGCCAACACUAGACAAAGCAUAUUUAACAAUAAAAAUAAAAAACACUAAACAUUUAGGUUGAAUACAGUGCUCCUACACCAAAUGAAAAACUUGCCUGACUUUAUUCUAGUUUAUUUACAGCUUCCAUUUCUCAGUUCCAGCCCAUAUUCAGAUGCACAUCUAUGGGUUUUCCACUGAAACCGAUCAUUCAGGCAUUGCCUUUUUCAAAACUGAGCCGUUUAUACCUCUCAACAGAAAAUAGUUGCUUAUCAACCCGCAGAACAGCGCAUAGUGUAUCCUCUCACCUGCAGGCUACAAGGUUGUUUCCACAACCUUAUCCAAACAGCCUUGGAACUUAAGACACAAGGCAUACUUUGCACGUGACCCAUAUUUUAUCGUGCUGCUUUCCUUGUCUGACCUUCGAGCGCAACUUGACCCUAAAACGAAAUGCUAUCUGCAUAAAGACAAAGAAGAAACUUGAAAGUACACAGCAGAGGGCAAAAUGUCAGUUCUAAACAAUCUUUUAGCAGUCAAGGUCAAAGAUCAGGCUACCAACUCCUUUCUAUAGUGUCUUCUAUCAGCUAGAUGGACAUUUGAGGUUGCUUGUUUUAAGGGAAUCAGGUCUCCAUGAAUGAGGUAUUUCAAAGCGGACUAUUGGAACAUCAGGCUAUCUAAAACUUAUUUGGUGUGUUUUAGGACCGUGACCGAUGCUGAGGUUCUGUGUGUGUACUUUGGCUUACAAGGACCUAAUUUGAGUGGGAACGCUGCAGAGAGAAUUCUGAGCGUUUUAAUAGGGAGCUAGGGGUAUAAUCAGAACAAGAGGGCACUGAAACUAUUUAGAUAAAAAAUAAAAAAGAAAAAAAAAAAAAAAAAAAA